ACUGUGUUUAACUUUAACAAGAUGAAUUACCUAUCAGUUUAUACCGAGUUAGUGAAUAACGUGCAAAAUAUUAAGCUAUUGUUUAGCUUAAACAACAGGAGAUACAACAUGUGUCGAUCACCGGCUGACCCGGUUGGAAAAACGCUAAAACGAAUCGGUGUCUCUGUUCAGAAAUCCAUCAAAAAAGAAGGAGAUUUGGGAGGGAAGGAGGCUGAAAAACAAGAAGCAUUAAAUGAUAUUCCUGUCGCAUUAUUUUAUCCAAACGGCGAGAUGGUUGAUAGUGAAUUAGCUAAUCAAGUUGCUUGGAAGGAAAGCAACGUUUUAAAUAUUGGUGAUUCAAGAUUUCUCGUUGAGGAAAACACCCCUUUGGUAGACAAUGCCAAAAUUCCCUCAGUUAUCAUGGCCGGCUUUCCUGUUGUUCCAGUGGUCAAGCUCAAGUUUGCUGACAGAGAAAACUCUCUCUUCAAAUGGUUCAAAUCAAGAGCUGAUGGUUCAAAUCCUUCCUCAACACAAGUAGAGGAAAAAGAAGCAAGUUGGAUUGAAAUUGGUCAGGGAUUCAUCUAUAUCCCAAAGAUUGCGGAUAUCGGUUGUUUUUUGAAAAUGUCAUGCAAAGCAGCUGGGGGUGUUGGGAAAACUGCUCACACUUGGUUUGAUGUUACCUCAACCUGUGAGGUGACCCCUGGACCUGGGGACACCCCAUACGACAAACGCCACCUCAGCACUGCCAAACCAACCUCUGAUCCUCGCAUAUUCCGUUUUAUCUCGUAUAACAUCCUUGCAGAUUGUUACAUCGAAGAUGAGACGUUUCGUAAUACAUGGUUUGGUUAUUGCCCCAAGUACUGUCUUGAAUCAGAUUACCGACAGCAGCUGGUAUUAAAGGAAAUUGAGGGGUACAAUGGUGACAUAAUCUGUCUGCAAGAAUGUGGUCGUCGUCUGUUUGAGAAUCACCUCAAUCCAAUGAUGACCUCUCUUGGUUAUGGUGGAUCCGUGAAAUACAAGUCUGGAGUCAUGCCUGAAGGUGGAGCCAUAUUCUUUAGGAAGUCUAAGUUCACUUUGAUAAAACAAGACAACUUUUUGCUUAGUGAAUCCUUCACAAAUGAUGCCUGCAAUAAUGAAUUACUUAAAAGGGUCCAAGAAGCCAAAUUUUUCUAUGAAAAACUGAUGAGCCGUACAACUGUUGGCCAAAUAAUAAUUCUCCAAAGUGUGCAAUGCCCUCAAAACUAUAUUUGUGUUGUUAAUGUACAUCUGUAUUUCAACCCUGAUACACCUUUCAUUAGAAACUUGCAGACCAUGAUUAUGCUCAAUGUUUUGAAGAAAACAAUGGAAAAUUUAGAUUUGGAGCUAAAGCAAAAUGAUGGUGGUAGACACCAGGUUGGUGUUGUGUUCUGUGGUGAUCUAAACAGCCUACCAGAUUCUGGUGUGGUUCAAUUGUUGUCCAGUGGUGAACUACCCGACUCUCAUCCUGAUUGGAAUUUACCAGGGGAAAAACCAGAACAUAAUCAUUUAGAAAUGAUGCCUUACAGCCACAAGUUUGGUCUUCAAAACUGCUGUGGUUUCCCAGAAUAUACCAACUAUACAGAAGGGUUUAUUGGGCUGCUUGAUUACAUAUUUUCAAGCAAGAAAUUUUUUGAUGUAGAGUCCAACAUUCCUAUACCUUCAACAGAAGAAGUUCAGCUUUACACAGCUCUUCCGUCACCUGUAUUACCUUCCGAUCAUGUUGCACUAGUUUGCGAUUUAAAAUGGAAAUAAAAGACAAUUUACCAUGGUGACUAAAUUAAAUUAUAAUGUGUUAUAUUAUCCAUUGAGUAUUUUUGUGGUGAGCAAACUGUGGGGGAAAAACAAUUUAUUAUUGAGACUAAAGAAAGUCAUUUAUUGAUAACUUUCAAAGUGUAAUCUUGAUAAAUCUUCAUAGAUAUAUGAACAAGCUUGUGUGAAAUAUUCACUAUGUACAAGUUACCCAAUAAAUAGGCCAAAUACUUUGAUUAGCAGCACUGU